AUGAAAUUAUUUUCAUACAUCAUAUAUACUUCUAUCCUUAUCGUAAUUACUGUGAUAAGCGUUUUCCACCUCCCCCUUGUGAAUCUGAUUCAUGAUAUUACAAUACUUAGUAUAUUUAGAAAGAGUUGCACUCCGUCGGAAUUGGACGAAAGUUUAAAGUGGACUGAAUUUAACCCUACACAUUUUUUUCGUCUGUUGCUUUUAAAAAAUUGGCUAACCAUACCGCGGCGGAAGGCGUCCUCUCCAUUUGGUGGUGCUCCGGAGGUAGAAAAUGGAGAAGAUGCCUCAACUCUUUUCAACAAUGUUGCCCCGCUUUGGGGUAAUAUUUCAGUUGUAUGGAAGACUAUCCAGAAGAAAAAUUUCAUUUCUCAUUCGAGAUUUCCUCCCACUGAAAAAUUGGACUCCCAAAAUGACUACACAAAGGUUUACGUAGUUCUUAACAAAAUUUGGAAAUAUGUCUGCUUCUUUUGCGGGGGGAUCAAAGCGUAUGCUGCUGUGCUAUCUCUUUUGGCGUUGGAGGGGAAAAGUGGUUGGGGGUUAUUCGGUGUAACCUUUGCCAACGCAAAGGGGAUGAAGGAGCAUCCCUCAGGAAAAAAUGGUGAAGGAGGGAAAUAUAACCGUUGCAAAAGUGAAGACGCCUCGAUUGGAGAUACAUUUAUUUGGGGGAGGGUUCGCGCUGGAUCCUCCAUGUGCCGAAACCUCCUGAAUGACAAAUACCUGCUAACGAAGAAGAUAAAAGAUGUGUUCCGAAAAACGAAAAGGAGUAGUGACCAUGAAUUGGAUGUCAUUUUUAUACCUCGUGCAGCAUUAGAACAUGGAAUGAAAGGAGAGGAGAGCUGUACAAAUUGUAUGGUAAACGCUGAUCAGUCUCUCUAUGCUUUGCGUUUAAGGAGCGACAACAAUCGAGAAGGACACACAAAAACUAUUUACGGGUCUAGCUUAUCAGACGUACAGAUAUACUAUGACUAUGACUAUGAGCAGAAGGAGUACAGGGGAUAUAUUGAUUCCAAUGGAGUGGAGGCAGGUGAAAUUGGAAAAGAUAAAGAGAAGAAAAGUGAAGGGAAGUUGUCCACGGCGAUGUCAUGGCUAAAGGAAACAUACAAAAUGAUAGAUUUUACCCAGAGGCUAUUCCUGAACUAUGUAGAGAAAGGAACAGACUACGACCUUAAGAGAGAGAUAAAGCGAUACGAAGCGAAGAAGCUAAAGUAUACAGUGAAGGAAAAAAUGGGAAGUGGAGCAUUUGGAGAAAUUUGGUAUGCAAUAAAUAUGGAGAAGGAAUCCCCAUUCAAAGAUGUAGUGUUAAAGAAAAUACUAAUUCGUCAGGAUGAAGAAACAUCGGAGGCAAGUGCAAAGAGAGAAAUAUACUUUGGGGAAUUGCUAAAGAAUUGCCAAAAUAUAAGCCGUUUUAUUGAAUUUUUUACAGAAUAUGAAAGAGAAAAUGGGAAUGAGGAACGGAAGUAUGUAUGGCUAGUUUUUGCAAAUGAAGGGUACUCGUUGGCCAAUCACCUAUUUCAGGUAGACAAAAAUAAGGGAGGGAUGUUAACCCCAAGUAAAUUAUGGUGGAGCAUAAAGAAGCAAAGUAUUGGCAUGCUAGUACUGAGAGAUUUAGUGCACCAAAUUUUAAAAGGAGUUUAUAAUGCACAUAAAAGGGGGAUCACUCAUAGGGAUAUAAAAAUGGAGAACAUUUUCGUUUCUGCAAGUACCCCAUUUACCGUUCGUAUAGGUGACUGGGGUAGUGCAGUUGAAUAUAAUAAUGAAGACCUUUUAUUUUCUCCUUCAGAAAAUGAAGAAACAGAAGGGUACCAACCACCAGAAUCUUUAUUUGGACAUAUGAAAAGGAACUUUAAUCGUCGGCCAUAUUAUGAUAUGUGGGGCAUAGGCAUCGUAUUUCUGCAGUUCGUCUUGGGCACGAAAAAUCCUCUGGAGGUUAAAAAUAAAAGAAAUGCAAUGAAGCUCCAUAAUUUCUACUCCAAGUAUGCAACCCCAGAGGCAUUAAAAGAGGCAAUCUUUUUACAGAGUCUUUCCGAAUUGUGUUUAAUGCCCUGGAAUUUAUCUUCAAACAAAUUGAUCUUUCUCAAACGGGAAAGACUUGCUCAUUCAUCCAUUUAUAAAAACAACACAAUCUUAAAUUCUCUGCAUUACUAUCUCUCCUUCAAUUUGGUCCGUUUGAAAAAACGUGCGUUGAGAAAUUGGGGAAGUGAAUACCUUGCGAACACGUACAAGUGUCUAGUUCCCUUCUUCCCUGAACCCUCUCCCCUUUGUGCAGAUGCCAACUGUCUGCACUUGUACGAGCCUGGUUUGGAACCCCCUCAUAGUUUUAGUGAGGACUCCGGAAAAGCUGCCUACAUGAAUAUUAUGGGCACAAAUUUGCAUCUCCAUGAGGCAAACACUUGUAUGCACUGCGACAAUAAUGCGCAGAUGAAGCAAAUGAUGUACCAACACUCGCGUGCGCACCCGUUGCUCUCCACUCCCUGCGACGACGAGCAGUUUCAGAGGAUCCUACAGGAGAGAGACCCUUCGGGCGUGGGCCUCCCUAACGUCAACGCGAGGAACCUGCUCCGGCGCCUGCUCACCUUUGACUACGCCACGCGGAUUACCGCCGAGGAGGCCCUCAACCAUCCUUGGUUCUCUGAGCCAUAG